ACCUCUCUACAGUUCAGCAAACUUAACCCUCCCAGAGCAGCAGAUGAUCAGAUGGAUGCUCUGAGAAUCAGCCUUUUACUGCUUCUGCCAUGUUUUUCCUGCUUUUUGGACGGCAAAGAGACUCUUGUGAAAACAAUCGGGAUAGAACCAGAUUUCACUCCAAUCUGCACCAAUGAAACAUCAAAUAUCAUCAUGCUGAUAGUGUGCAAAAUCAGAACAGAGAGGAGCAGUGGAGAGGAAUGCAGCCUGCUUUAUAAGGAUGAAGGCAACUUUACUAAUGAGUGUGACUCCAGGUUUACUCUUUCAACAAGGAACCAAACUGUGUUUCUGCAUUUGACCAGUUUAACACCAGCUGAUAGUGGGAGCUACUCCUGUCAGUGUUCAAAAGCUGAAGGAACGUAUUUUCUCCAUCUCAACAUCACAGUUAAUGGCUCAUUUUCUGAUGAUAAUCCAGCAGAUGAAGUUUGGAGCCAUUCUGCAGGAGUGACUCUUCCUUUUGCUUUGAUUGCUGCACUUCUCCUACUCAUCUUACUUUUGGUUAUUCUAGGAUAUAUUCACAGAAGAUAUUACUGUCGAGAGCAGCCACAAUCAAGCCACCGUCAUCCAAAUGAGGACUUCGUUGACAUUGAGCCAUACAGCACCUACAUUCAGAAAGAGAAUGGACUUUAUUCAACGACCGUCUUGCCUAACUAUUAAAUUAAUUCUGACAAUAUAAAUAACUUCAUUUGAAUGGUCACCUUUGUGGAACUAUAUUUUUAAUCCUUACUUAUGUACAAGUUAACCUGGUUCAGGUCAGUUUGGACUGAAACACAAUAGUUUCUAUUUGCCAAAAGUGUUUUCUUCAAAUUCAAAAUACAAAACUAAGUUCACUGUGCCUUUCACAGAACAUGGCUUUGUAAAGGUCAAUUCACCCUCUUAGUUAAAUGGAGACACACGCGAAGACGCAUUUUAUGCCAACACCUCAAAUGCGAUGCAUCCUGGUGUGACAUAACGGAAAAAAAUCAAAAGAAGUGUUACAGUAGCAGCAUCAUGCUGCGUAGGUGCUUUUGCUGCAAGACAGACUCGUGCAUUUUGUAAAACAGAUGCCAUUGUGAGGAAAAAAACAUUAUGUUGAAAUACCAAAGCAGCAUCUAAAAGUCGCUGCUCUGUAGUGGCCAUCACAAAGCUCUGAUGUCAGUCAAAAUGAAAAUGUGUGGGUAGAGCUGGAACGGUGUGUUAGGAUGGCAGGCCACAAACCAGACGCUGUUUCAGCAGUUAUAUUAGAGGAAACGGACCACAGAUCCAGCAAACAGAGGUUUGUGUAUGCAAAAAAAAAAAAAAAAAAAAAUUCUUACACGCUUAUCACUGUUGGAGUCGCGAGGGGUGCUGGUACCUAUCUCCAGCCGUCAUUGGGCGAAACAGCUGGAGAUAGGCACGCAUAUACUCA